AUGACUCAACCAAUAAAUCAACCAUUUGGUCAACCUUUGAUACCUCAAAACGUUAAUAUUCCUAUCAAUCAAACAGUUGGUCAACCUUUGAUACCUCAAAACGUUAAUAUUCCUAUCAAUCAAACCGUUGGUCAACCUUUAAUACCUCAAAACGUUAAUACUCCUGUAAAUUCAUCCGUUGAUAAUCUUGAACAAAGGUAUAAAAUUUUAACUGAAGGCACAAAUCCGUUUACUAGUGCCAAAGCAGAAGGAACAGAAAACCAGGUAGUUUAUCAAUUUCAGGAUGCUAUUGUUUCAGGAUUUGG